CACCAUUCCCACCAAACCUAAGCGAACACGAAUAGAUCAGACAGGUACCCAGACUUGAGUGAGCCCGAAUAGAUGGAGAGAGUAAGGAGAAUGGUGGCGGAGAAGCCGGCGGUGAUCUUCAGCAAGAGCUAUUGUUGCAUGAGCCACUCCAUCAAGUCGCUGUUUAGUGACCUUGGGGUUUAUCCGGCGGUGCACGAGCUGGACCAGAUUCCCCGGGGCCGGGAUGUAGAACAAGCGCUGGUGGCGCUCGGCUGCAACCCUACUGUUCCGGCGGUGUUCAUCGGCGGCCAGUUGGUGGGGGGAGAGAGUGAGGUCAUGACCCUUCAUCUCCAGAGAUCUUUGAAGCCAAUGCUUAAGAAAGCAGGAGCAUUAUGGGUUUAAUUAAUACUUGAAAAUAUUGCAUUUUUGGUGCUCUUAUACCUGUGGUACAAACCUAAUAGUUAUUGGGUUAUAUUUUUGACCACCUUUAAUUCCUAAGUUAUGACGAGUUUAGUCAAGACGUAAUUUGCCACUUUAUUAAAUAAUAUAUUGGUGGCAGAUAUUGUUCUUGGUGAACUAAAAUAGCUAUUUCACCCAUAUAUAUAGUUAUUGCUCCAAUUUUCCUAACUCUAUAGAUAUGGAGCAAUGAUAUAUAAGUAAUGAUGAAUAAUGUGUUGUACCACUGCUGCGGCUUCUUUUUUGUAUUGCAAGCUGUUGAGGGUAUUUUCCCCCUUUAUUUUGUAUGUGCUAUUAAUAAAUUUGGCUUUAUUACUAA